AUGAUUCUCCCUGUUCUCAAGUACCUGCUCACAGGUUGGCUCGUUUGCAAUGGGAUCUCCUCCGCACAAGCAGAAAACUCGACGUUCUACAACCCUGUCUUGCCUGGUUGGCAUUCUGAUCCCUCCUGUGUGCAGGUCGAUGGAAUAUUCUACUGCAUUACUUCCAGCUUCAUCACUUUCCCGGGCCUUCCAAUCUACGCAUCGAAGGACUUGACGAACUGGAAGCUAAUCAGCCACGCGUGGAACCGAGAAGCGCAAAUGCCCGGUACAAGUCAACAGACAAAAGGCCAACAAGAAGGGUUCUAUGCGGCUACUAUCAGGCACCGCGAUGGACAGUUUUGGGUCAUAUGUGAAUACCUUGGCUUGCCUGACGUGAUGUUGGGGACAAUCUUCAAGACAAAUGAUCUGUACGACAACGCGGCCUGGGAGAAUCCCAUCACAUUUUCGACGCCGGCCGGAGAUCUAGAUCUUUUCUGGGACGACGACGGCAAGCUAUACAUCCCAGGUGGAGGCCAAGGCACUGUGCUUCUUGAUGUCGACCUUGAAAGUGGCACAGUCUUGAACAACACUUUCCUUUGGUCGGGAACCGGAGGUGUAUGGCCAGAAGGUCCGCAUAUCUACCGCAAAGACGGAUUCUACUACUUGUCAAUGGCUGAAGGGGGGACCGAGACUGGUCACUAUCAAGUGAUGGCGAGAUCUGCUAAUCUUACUGGUCCAUAUACACCAUGCCCCAACAAUCCAGUGCUCUCGAACAAGGGUACAGAUGAGUACUUCCAGACCGUUGGCCACGCAGACCUGUUUCAAGACACCAAUGAUAAUUGGUGGGGUGUCGCGUUGUCCACGCGUUCAGGGCCAGAGUGGUCCAUCUAUCCCAUGGGACGAGAAACGGUCCUGUUUCCAGUGACUUGGGAGCAGGGUGAAUGGCCAAUUUUGGAGCCAGUCAGAGGCAAGAUGUCGGGCUGGCAGAUGCCCCCAUCUAGCCGCGACCUCCCUGGCGAAGGCCCGUUCAACUCUGAUCCCGACAUAUAUCACUUCACGACAUUGAACGAGAUACCGCGAAACCUGAUUCAUUGGAGGGUCCCACUGCAAGGGGCAUUUGAGAUUGUUGACUCGAAAGGCAUGCAUAUAGUGCCUAGCCGAGGAAACCUCACGGGCGACAACGCCGAGCUCGAUGGCCGAUCUGGACUCUCCUUUAUCGGCCGACCACAAACAGAUUCUUUGUUCAACUUCAACGUGACGCUGAAUGUAUCCCUCUCUGAAUCUGAUAUAGAGGCAGGAAUCACUCUGUUCCUUACGCAGUAUAAUCACGCCGAUGUCGCCAUCGUGGCACAACCCAAGGCCGACGGCGCCGAAGGCACUGAUCGCCUGUUGCGUUUCAGGGCUACAGGAAACGAUGCCCCUGAAGAACGCCUCGAGAAGAUUCCCGAAACAUGGGAUGAAAAUCUUAUUCAAUUCGAGAUUUCUACGCCAAAUGCAACGCACUAUACCUUCGCCGCAUGCUCAGCUGCAGAGCCCGAAAACAAGAUCAUGAUGGCUACCAUGUCAGCGAAGCUGGUCAGCGGUCAAAGUGGCCCAUUCACAGGGACUCUUCUUGGCGUCUAUGCAACCUGCAAUGGAGCUGGAACGGGACUAGAAUGCCCUUCAGGAGGUGACAUCUACGUGACAGAGUGGAUGUAUACAGGAAAGGGCCAGUACUACACUGCCGGUGACCUCAGACCUUAG